AUGAAGUUCACCACUGCCCUGUUCACUAUGCUGGCCACCAGUGUCAUGGCCACCCCCACCGUCGUCGAGCGCGAUGCCUCCUCCAUCACCGACGUCCUGUCCCAGAUCCAGACCCAGGUCCAGUCUCUCGACUCCGCCAUCAAGGCCUACUCCGGUGGCGAUCCCAGCAAGGUCGAGUCGGCCUCCAGCUCCUUGGUCUCGGAGAUCACCUCUGGUGUGAGCACUGUCAACAAGGCUUCUGAGCUCAGCUCCACCGAUGCUCUCACCAUCACCGGCCCUGUCCAGGAUGUCACCAAGGAGGUCCAGACCACCAUCAGUGAUCUGAUUGCGAAGAAGGAUAACUUCGUCUCUGCUGGUGCCGGAGGCAAGGUCUACUCCCAGCUCGAGGAGCAGUACACUGCUUCCAAGAACCUGGCCGAUGCCAUCACCUCCAAGGUCCCGUCUUCUCUGUCCAGCAUCGCCAGCUCCCUGGCCUCCGGUAUCACCGACGCCAUCCAGAAGGGUGUCGACGCCUACAAGGACGUUGCCAACUCCUCCCCCAAGUCCAGCGCUACCUCUGAGGCCUCCUCCGCUACCUCCGCCGCUUCCGCUGCUUCCUCUGCUACUGAGGCUGUCACCACCGCUGCCGCCGCCACCACCGAGAGCACCACCGAGAGCGCUGCCGCUUCCACCAGCUCCAGCCCCGUCAUCCCCGCCUCCUCCGCCUCCACCACCCCCAGCGGCUCUGCCACUCCCUCCGCUUCCGCCUCUGCCACUCCCUCCCUCUUCACCGGUGCUGCCCCCAUGGACCGCUGCAACUUCGCCCUGGGCGGUGCUGUUGCUGCCGCUGCCAUGGCCAUCGCUGUCUAA